AUGGGGAGGACACCAAGUAUGACGGCGACAAGGCCUGGAAUAUGCAGCAGUGAUGGCGCUCUUGUACACGCGGCGGAGAAGCGCAUUCCCGACGAGAUCAGGGCCCACUUCACAGGCAUGAGGGUGUUCCGUGAGUUGAGGGACGGCACCAGCAACAGCAAUGAUUAUGCAUGCAUGUUAGCACUCAACAGGAAGCGGCGCCGAGAUUUUGCGUGUGAAGGGAAUGUCCACGUGGAGCGCUGCGUGACUCGUGUGCUGUCUUGCAUGUCUGGUCAAGUGCUGAGGGGCUAUUAUGUGCUGUGGGCGGAGUCCACGAUCUCUAUAACGACAUCCAACCUUUCCACACUGCACACACCGAGGCGGAGUCGAAUGAACGGCACCGCUGCUGCUGUUACGGCAGUGGCGGCGGCCGACGCCGCAGAGGAGGAAGCUGAGACUAAGGAAGAAGAGGAGCACUGCGACGCGCGCCACCACGUCAUCAGUUUCCUCAGUCUUCACAUUGUGGACGGGACGGCGCACCAGCACCCAAGCCGGCAUUCCUUUGCACUCCAGUCCGUCUGUCAACCGGGCCGCGUGUUGCAGCUGGAAUGUUACCCGUACCACAUGAUUCACUUUGGGCUUCUGAUGCACGCGUUGUGGCGAGGCCCCAAUGAAGUGUUCGAGGCGGUGCGAGAGCAAAAACAACAAGUCACGGUCGCAUGCCCUUCCCAAGUCGGCCCCGCUGACACGUGUGCGUUGCUGCGGUUUCCGCUGAUUGCGUCAGCAACAGGCACCGCGGUGCUGAUAUUGGGCCUUGGGGGAAAUGUGAUUGGCAACUUCCUGGAUGCUGUCCUUGCUGAUGAUGUGUCCAUUGACGUUGUCGAGUUGGAGCCGGUGGUGUUGGAGACCUGCCGGCAGCACGGCCAAGUGCCACCGUGCGAGGUGGAGGUCGACAAGGCUGGCUCAGGGGCAGCAGCAGCAGCUGGAACAGCGGCAACACGUGUGUGGGGCGUCACGCAUGGACAUCCUCGGCACCCAAACUACCGCUUCGUUGUGGGGGGCGCGCGGGAAGUCCUGCGGGAGGAAUGUAGCAAGAGCAGCAGAGGUGGUGCUCUGCGUGGCCGUCUCUACACCUUUGUGUUCCUUGACUGCUACGAUCCAGCGAGGGAACACAUGAUGCACGACGGCGGCCUCAUUGAGUUGUGUCGCUCACGUCUUCAACCCGGUGGUGCGUUGAUUGUCAACGCGCACAUUCUGCCAACCACAGAAAACCUUGAGGGCCAAUUCCUCUCGCACGGCUUUGCCACGGUGCAGGUGCUGCAUGUGGCGGGGUGUGACCAGAGUAUUGUGGUCUGUCUCGCUGGCGAUGAUGCAUCGUCGCAGGGCGCGGGCGCAGACAAAAAGUUGCAGCAGAAUAAAGAGGAGGAAGCAUCAGUAGCAAGGUUGAAUCGUUUCUGUGUGCGGCAUGCCCGCCACAUGGCUCAGCACAUACGAGACGCUGUAAGAGCGUUGCCCAACGCGAUGCAACCACUCCGCGGUGGCUUUCACCUCGAUGCGGCGUGGCUCAAAUCGUCACGCAGCCUGAAGAGCGCGUCGUGCCCGACACGGUUGUGGGAACACUACGAUUGA